AAUCAAGAAAUUCCAUUCGGUAAUUGUAAAAUUUAAUCGUCAAUCCUUGUAGGUUUCCUACUGUCUUUUUAUCUCAUAUUCCACAAAUUAUUAUUAAUAUAUUUAUAUCAUUUUAUCCAUUUUCGUCUCCACCUUUCAUUAAUUAUCCAAGUUCGGUGACACUACUUUUGAUCAUACCUUAUUGUCAUUGACUUACUCUCUAUCGCCAAUGGUAUAUGAUAAUUGACUGUCUUCUAAUCAUAGAGGGUUUAGCAAAGAAAGAGAUUCAUUUUUGCUGUUUUCUUGACUAAAUUUGCUUUGAAAGUGAUCUUAAUUUCCAUACUUUUACAAAUACAAACAGUACCCACGGAGGAUAAGAGAAGUAUCAUCUUAUCAAUUGCCUCAUCACUUGAUCACACCAGCUAUUUUCCCCCCAACAUCUUUGUACUUCACAAGGAGCCAAGGGGAUUAAUUUUCAGCUCAUCUUUCUGAAUAUAAUUUGGAAAAGAAACCCAGGAAGGAGGCCUAAUAAAUAUGGAGUUUUUAGUGCCACUGUUUGAAGUGAUAAAGUGUUUGGGGGGACCAACCAGUAGAUAUUUAAAUCAACACCGAAAACUCGAAGAAAAUGUUAAUGACCUUAGAAGAAAAGUGAACGAUUUAAAUAUCCGAAAGCAAGACCUCGAACUAAAAAAGGAAGCAGAGAUUCGUUGCAGAAAAGUGGUGAAGAAAGAAGUGGAGAAGUGGUUUGAAACUGUCCGAAGCACAAAUGUUGAAAUGGAGAAGAUAGAAAUGAAGUUUCGUGUUGUUUCAUACUUCUCUCGUGCACGCCUAGGGAGAUUUGUUUGCAGAAAGAUUGAAGAAGUUGAGAGAAUUUACCAACAAGGCAGUUUCCCGGAAGGUGUGGCAGUUGAUGGUCCUCCAGCCACUGGAGUGACAUUGCUAACAACAGAUUUAGAAGGCCGAAUGGAUGUAAAAGAACAAAUUUGUGAGUAUCUGAGGGGCGAUGACGUUGGAAUGAUCGGUGUAUGCGGAAUGGGUGGCAUAGGCAAAACCACCAUCAUGAAGCAUAUCAACAAUCAAUUGUUAAAGGAAAAUCAGUUUGAUGCAGUGAUUUGGUUGACGGUAUCCAGAGAAUUCAAUGUUGUAAAAUUACAAGAAGAUCUUGCAUGUGCUUUGGACCACAGUCUUCCUAAAAAUAAAUUGGAGUGGCCAACUGUACUAAUGGAAAUCUUGGAGAGAAAGAGAUUUGUGCUGAUCUUAGAUGAUGUUUGGGAAAAGUUUGCUCUCUCGGAUGUGGGAAUCCCUGAACCAGCAUCACAUAAUGGGAGCAAACUGGUAAUCACUAGUAGAUCAAUCGAGGUGUGCAAUUCCAUGGGUUGCAAGGUGUUUAAAGUACAGCCUCUUUCACAAGCGGAAUCCUGGAACUUAUUUUUGCGUCAGGUGGGGGAUGGUGUUCUACAAUAUCCAACUUUAAAAAAACAUGUGAACCUUAUUGUUGGCGAAUGUGGUGGUCUACCACUUGCUAUCGUAACUAUAGCUAGUAGCAUGAAAGGUGUGGAUGAUGCCUUUGAGUGGAAGAAUGCACUAAAUGAACUACGUGAAAGGGUUACAAGUGUGAAAGGAUCCGAUACCAUAAUAUUUGAGCACCUGAAAUUCAGCUAUGAUCGUUUGAGAGAUUCAAAAAUCCAAAAUUGCUUCUUAUAUUGCUCCUUGUAUCCUGAGGAUUAUCACAUUGAAAAGGAGGGGUUGAUUGAAAAUUGGAUAGAUGAAGAACUCAUUGAUGAAUUAGAGAAUAGACAGGCAAUGCAUGACAGAGGUCAUACUGUUCUAAAUAAGCUUGUAAAUAAUUGCUUGUUAGAGAAGGUAAUGAUUGACAAUGUUAAGGAAGGAGUGAAGAUGCAUGAUGUUGUGAGAGACAUGGCAUUGUCUAUCAAAAGAGGUGAUCACUUUAUGGUAAAAGCUGGUACUGAAUUGGAGAAAAUACCAAGUGAGCAUAAAUGGAAGGAAUCUCUUGAGAAGGUUUCCUUGAUGAAUAAUUCAAUAUCAGAAGUUCUUAUGAUAUCACCAAAAUGCCCUAAUUUGUCAACCUUGUUAUUGCAAAAAAAUUAUUACCUUGAAAAGAUUUUAGGAUCUUUCUUUGAGCACAUGCAUAAGAUAAAGGUUCUAGAUCUUUCUCAUACUGGAAUUUGGGAUCUGCCAAAUUCCAUUUCCACCUUGACAAGUCUUACUGCACUUAUACUUAGACAGUGCCGCCAGUUAAGACACAUGCCCUCAUUAGCAAAGCUCACAGCAUUGAGGAAGUUGGAUCUUUUUAAUACAGAUAUUAAGGAAGUCCCUCAUGGUAUAGAAAUGCUAGAAAACCUCACAUAUCUCAAUUUAUAUGCAAGUGGUCUAAAGAAUCUACCAAUGGGAAUAAUAUCAAGGUUUUCUAAACUCCAAGUCUUGAAAGCUUGGUUGAAUUUAAAUGGAGAGGAAGCAGCCAAACUCAGAAAGCUGGAGAUUCUUUUAGGAGCUUUUCAUGUGCUGCAAGACUUUGAAGGAUAUGCCGAGUCUUUAUUGAGUCAAUGGCCAACCAAUUACUGGCUUCGAGUUGGAUCACCUAAGACAGGCUACUUGGAGAACCUUCGUAGGUUUGAUAACCUUGAGGAUGUUGAAAUUGACAAAGGGGUCUGUUUUAUUAAUUGCAAGAUGGGGAAUGAAGAUUUUGUGGUGCUCCCAAAAGACACAAAGACACUUACUGUUGAGCACUGUCGAAAUCUCAAAAGUUUGAGCAAUAUUUCUUUGUUCUGUGAAGCAAAUGAGUUGAAGACAUGUACCAUUAGUUGGUGUGAAGAGAUAGAGUGCGUGGUUGAUUUGUCAUUAUCGUCUUGCAACUCAUUGCAGAACAUUGAGAUUCUUCGUCUUAGAAACUUGUGGAACCUAAAUGAACUUGUAAGAGUAGCAGCAGUUGCAUCUACAUCUCACACUCCAACACCACCUGGCAUCUUCACUUCUCUUAAAGAAUUCUAUCUGAUUGAUUGUUCUAGCAUAAAGAAAUUGUUUCCAGUUCAUCUAUUGCAGGGCUUCCAACACUUGGAGUAUAUUGAAGUUAAGCACUGUAAAAAGCUGGAGAAAAUAAUUGCAGAAGAAGAUGAAAAAAAUCAAAAUGUAGACAGAAGGGGUUCUAUAACAACAUUUGCUUUUCCCAAGUUAAAGACAUUGCACUUGAUCAAAUUACCAGAAUUGAAAAGCAUUUGUAGUAGCGGAGUUAGAAUCCCUUCCGAGUCUCUCAAAUAUCUUUCAAUAAUAAAUUGCUCAAAGAUAAGGAAGAUCCCUUUUUCGAUACCCCUGCUUGGAACUGGGCAACCAUCUCCUCUUUCUCUCGAGUUAGGCUAUGUUCAUCCAAAAAAAUGGUGGAAAUUAGUGGAAUUUGAUGAUCCCAAUGCCAAGGAUAUCCUCUCAUCUCUCGUUUUAGAUUAUUCUUCAGAAGAGGAUGAAGAGUAAGAGCCUGAUGAUAGUGAUCAAUAGUAGGUACCUUCUUUUUCUUCUUUUUUGCUUUGGGGGAUAGAUUGUGUAUUAUCCAAGAAACCAUAGUUCUACUACCUGUAAAUUCCUGUACAAUUAUGGGAUUUUGCAGUGACAUCUGUAUCUACCUAUACAAUAUAGUUUCAUGAUUCAAUGGGGCUUCUGCUAAUGCUCUGCUUUGACAUUUCUGGACCCUGCUAAUCUUAGCCUGACUGCUUCCUUGAUGCUGUUUAGGAUCUACAAACUAAAUGAAAAAGAUUGCUGGAAAA